AGGUUAUGAACAACAUGCUCUCGGCGCAAGCACUUGUGUCUUGAUUUUGUGAAUUUCGUUUCUUAUUUAUUUUGAAAAUUUUUAAAUUUUCUACUGUAAAAAUCUAAAGAAAAACAACAUGUUUCGCCCCACAAGGGCUUUAGUUUUGACAUUUCGUCGUAUCAAAGAGUAUCGGCUUUUACAUACGAAUGAACGACAACGACAAGAUACUUCGGAAUUCAAAUCUCCAAUUACAGAGGAAUAUAAAAAAGGUCCAACAGAAGGUCGUGCACUUUAUUUGGACGCUCAAGCCACAACUCCAAUGGAUCCACGUGUAUUGGAUAAAAUGAUGCCGUAUUUAGUUAAUUUUCACGGCAAUCCUCAUUCAAGAACACAUAUGUAUGGUUGGGAAACGGAAUCAGCUGUUGAAAAUGCACGCAAACAAAUUGCUGAUUUGAUUGGCGCUGAUAAAAAGGAAAUAGUUUUUACAUCUGGAGCUACUGAAUGUAAUAAUAUUUCAAUCAAAGGGGUUGCUAGAUUUUAUAAAUCUAAAAAGAAGCACAUUAUAACGACUCAGACAGAACAUAAAUGCGUUUUAGAUUCAUGUAGAGCUUUACAAGGCGAAGGGUUUGAAGUGACUUAUUUACCUGUUAAAUCAAAUGGUCUUAUUGAUUUGGAGGAACUUGAAAAAACUAUUACUUCAAAUACAUCUUUAGUUUCAGUUAUGACUGUCAAUAAUGAAAUCGGCGUUCAACAACCUGUUGCCGAAAUAGGCGCUAUUUGUAGAAAGAACAAAGUCUUCUUUCAUACAGACGCUGCUCAGGCAAUUGGAAAAAUACCAAUUGAUGUUAAUGAAAUGAAUAUUGAUCUGUUGUCCAUAAGUGGUCACAAAAUUUAUGGCCCCAAAGGAGUAGGAGCUUUAUACGUGAGAAGAAGACCUAGAGUACGUGUUGAACCUCUUCAAAGUGGCGGUGGACAAGAAAGAGGAAUGAGAAGUGGUACAGUUCCAGCUCCUUUGGCAGUUGGUUUAGGAGCAGCUUGCGAGCUUGCACAAAAUGAAAUGGAGUAUGAUCAUGAAUACGUAACAUGUCUUGCAAAUCGACUUCUCGAUACAAUAACUUCAAAUUUGACUCAUGUGAUACGAAAUGGAGAUCCUAUUGCAUGGUAUCCAGGAUGUGUUAAUCUUUCAUUUGCUUGUGUCGAAGGAGAAUCAUUAUUGAUGGCAUUAAAAGAUGUGGCUUUAAGUAGUGGAUCGGCGUGUACAAGUGCAAGUUUGGAGCCUAGUUAUGUUCUUCGAGCAAUUGGAGCUUCCGAAGAUCUUGCACAUUCCAGUAUAAGAUUUGGAAUUGGAAGAUUCACAACCUUGGAAGAAGUUGAUUACACAGCAGAAAGAACGAUAUACCAAGUGAAACGCUUAAGAGCAAUGAGCCCUUUAUGGGAGAUGAUCGAGGACGGUAUUGAUCUGAAGACAAUUAAAUGGACCCAACACUAAAUGCACCUGAGAAAAAUGAGAUUCACAAACAUAUAAUUCAAAAAAAAAAGCAGUCAUUUAUAUAUCAAAAUAAGAUUCAGCACAACCAAUUGAAAGGAACAAUUUCUUUUUAUUUGCACCGGUGAACCGGACACUCACGUCUUAUAUUCUCAUUCUAUUAUAUAUUUUCAGGAAAAUUUAUCCAAGAUCUGCGUAGUACUUUGUUUAAAGAGUUCCAUUUUGAGUUUGA